CAGACCUUCGCGCCCCGCAGCGUCCUCCCCAACCGGCAGCUGGCGCGGGUGGCUGAAGUGGCCAGGGGAUGCGGAGGCCCUGGGGGCGAGGAAGGGGGGAGCUUCUGCCCGAAGCACCGGGAGCCCCUCAAGCUCUUUUGUAAGGACCACGAGACCCUCAUCUGCUGGGUCUGCGACCGAUCCAAAGAGCACAAGGGCCACUCGGUGAUCCCUGCGGAGGAGGCUGUCCAGGAAUACCAGAUCAAGGUGGAGGAUUGUCUGAAGGCUCAGAAGGAGCAGAAAGAAAAAAUAGCUACUUACAAAAGAGACACAGAGCAAAGAGUGCAGGAGAUGCUUGAUCACAUUGAAAAAGUCAAAAAAAAUAUAGUGGCUGAAUUCAGAGAACUACAACUCUGGUUGGAAGGACAGGAGAAGCUUCUGCUGGCUAGAAUGGAAGAGACGGAGGAGGCUAUUAUGGCAAGAAAGGAGAAGGGUUUGGCCAAGCACAUGGAGGAUCUGAGCUCUCUUGACCAUCUCAUCCAGGAGAUAGAAGAGAAGCUUCAGCAGCCAACCAGCCAACUCUUACAGGUCAGGACAGGAAGUGGAGAUCAUAGAAUCCUUGGGCUGGAAGGGACCUUGGAGGUCUGCUAGUCCAAUCCUCUGCCCAAGGCAGGAGUCCUUAUUCCAUCUUGAAAA